UAAAAAUCUAACUAUUUUAGAACAUGCAUAUGAACUUUGGAGAAAUGACCAUUGCGAGAACUUCAUGGAUCCAUCACUCAAUAAUGCUGGCACAACAUGCAAACUGAAGAGAUACAUGCAAGUCGCAUUAUUGUGUGUCCAAGAAAGAUGGGAAGAUCGGCCUACCAUGUUGGAGGUCUCAUCAAUGCUCAAAAAUGAGAAUGAGAUUGUGCCUACUCCAGGUACACCUGCUUUCUCAACAAAUCAAGAUGAAGAAGACCAACAAAAAUAUAGCAGUAGUUCACAUGCAGAAGUUUAUUCAGCUAAUAUGGAAACAAAUUCCGAACUAGUACCGCGAUGAUGGUUCAGGUUUUCAGCAAAUUAAUGCUUUGAAUGUUUGACAUCUUCAGGCACGCAAAGCUUUGAUGAUCUUCUCUUUUGCUCGCAUCUAAAAUUAAUUAAUUUAUAUCAAUUUUCUGAUUAGUUUUCAA